CGUUCAUUUUUAUUCAAAUUCAGUUGAUGGAUAGACUCUUAGAGGUUGCGACAAGUAUCCACCGACCUAGUCGUUAGAUUUUUCAAGUUCCGCGAGUAUCAACCGGAGGUCUUAGAACAAUCAGCAGUAAGACCUGCAAGGCUGACACUGCGCCUUCAUUGCCUACAGUGCAUAUCGGUGUUUGCUGAAGGAAGUGCUUUGCAGAGUUCCAUCUUUUCUUUUUCUGCUUUCCCACAACCAGUUCUUUGUGCAAUCGUGCUGUGCAAGAUACAUUUUGCAACUAAAAAUAUAAGAUGAAUCGAUAAAAAAUACAAGAGCAAAGCAGUAAGACGAGAUCUUUCGGGUUGAAGGUCUUCCAAACCAUUAAGCAACGAUUCCGUAGUGGUGCUUAAAUAUUAUUGCAAUGCUUGGUUCGGUUAAUUCCAAAAGCAUUUGAAGUGAAUUUGUCUAGUGAAAAAAAAUUUGUGAAGGCCUGGAAGCUUAAAGCGAAAAUGGAUUACGUUAUAAAAUUGUAUAAGGAUUGGAGGCUGCAUUCUGAGUUCACAGCAAUCGUAACCGAAAUGGAUGACGAUUACAUGUUCAACGAGAAGCAGUCCAUCCGCGAGUCGGCCAGAUCUCUGAAGAAAUACGGGAGCACCUGUAAUCACGUGAGAAACGACGAGGUGCUGAUCAGGCACGAAAUCGAGAAAACGGACACGUUACAAGGAAUUGCGCUGAAAUACGGAUGUACGACAGAACAAAUACGCCGUGUCAAUCGACUAUUUGCAUCUGACAGUUUAUUCCUUCGCCAGUUUCUUAUGAUACCCGUAACUAAAGGGUCACCAUUUUAUCCAAAAGAUGACCGACCACAGUCUAUGCCACCGAGAGCUUUUUCGAUAGCCGGCAUGCAACAGACGGGUACACAGAAUGUUCGUGAGAACAACAAUAGUAAAUCGAUGGAUUCCGUUGUGAUAAGUCCCGAAGAGGAAAAUAGAAAAUCUAUAGAUGAAUUCUUAGGAAAAAUUGAUUCGACUAUUGAAAAAUCAAAGGAGUACGUGGCGAAAUCGCAAAGUGGCGGAGAUUUCAUCACAAGCCAAAGCGACGAUGAUAUUUUUACAACUGGUGGCGUUCAGAAAAGGCGGGUUCAUUCCUCAUCAUCAAGCAAUUCCUCACAUCACCACGUGCGACAUAGCUCUUCAGGCAGUGCCACCGACACCGUUCAGCUGCUAAAUAUGACACACGGCAAACGUGUACAGAAUUCACUGCAACGCCUCGAGAAGCAACAGGACGAAUUCUUUGAAUUGUAGCAUAGGGUCAAUACUGUAAAUAAGUUUUACUACUUAUAUUGUGUUAAUAGUAUAUCAGGAAUACGUAAGCGAUGUAUGCGAUUUGUCAGUGAUAAGAUGGCGCAAAGUCAUCGCAGUGUUGUCCGAAGGGUACAGCUAAAAUAACUACCCACCACCACCCGUUCUCUCGACGAAAGAUCAUCACUCCUACUAAGAAGACAUUGUUGAAUGGGGACUGGCUAGUUGCUCUAUGAACUGAAAUGAAUGACUUAUUUGGAAAUUAGUUUCUAGACCAAGGACUGCAUGCCAUUUCCUGUAAAAAAGAGUACGAAUAUUUUUGGAUAAUACUACAAAUAUUUUGCCCAUUGUUGAAUUGUUUGUCGCUUUUGUAAAGACGCAUAGCAAAAGUAAAUAUCUCCUUAUUCGCAAAGUACACAGCGCGCAACUGGCUUGCCUGCUCUGUGAUGUAUACAAUGUAGAUAAGCAGACAUUUCACUUUAGGUUACUAAUGUGAGAACAUAGGCCACUGAGCCGUAGACGUAUAAGUUGGCAUAAUCUAUAAAUAUCCGGCCUUCUAUUUAAUAAAAUCCUGAUAUUCUAAUAACUAAUCUAGAAAGCAGCGCACACUAAGAGAAAAGCAAACUUCUACAGUGUACUUGGUGUAACUUUGGUUUUUCCUAAUGAACUGCGCCUUGUCAGAUGAAACAGCAUAUAAACUUCAGUUAUGCAGAAUCUAAAGCGAAUUUUAAAACGUGUUAAGCAAAACCUAUUACAGCUAUAGCAUUUAAAAUGUAUAAUCUCGGAAUAAAAGACAGCGUACAUGCUCCUAAACUGUACAUAACUAGGUGCUUUAAUUGUUUAUAUGAAGAAGUUAUAAAUCUCAAAAUUUACUGUGCAAUUAAAUGAUUAUGGAAUAUUAUAUACUAAAAUAGAUUUUAUUUUUCGUU